CAGAAGAAGGGCGCCAAGCAGGCCUCGAUCUCCGCCUUCUUCUCACCCAAGAAGGCGGGCGAGAACGACGUGGAAGCCGAGAUCAAGAGCUUCGCAGCCAAGCGGCCGCGAGUCGCGUCGCCUGCUGCUAAAACGGAGGCCGAAGCGGCCAACUCCACGGAGGAAGGAGCUAAAAAGGAGGAGAGUGGCAAGCCCAAGAGGAAGUACAAGCCCAGAGCUAAAACGCCUGCUAAAGCCAAGGCCAAGGGGAAGACCAAGGCGUCGCCCAAACCCAAGAAGAAGAAGAACCAAGCGCGCUUCAUUUCUCCGCACGCUGUGGUUGAUGACGAAGAGGACGAGGACGAUCUCGAUGACGACGAGGACGUGUUCAACACGCCCGAGGCAAAGCGGGCUCGUGCCGAGCUUGAGGCCGGCGGGGAGACGGUCCCUGCUGGAGCCCCCAUCUCGGGCGAUGCCAUCGUCAACGAGGAGGACAUUGUGGAUGUUUCAGUUGAGGAGAGUGCUGCGACUGAAGAGGCUGUCGUUGAUCUGACCGCAGCGUCUACGUCGGCCGAUGAAGCGGCGGAUAAAUCUGCUGCGGAAAAUGGAAAGAGCGAAAAGGAACAGGUUAAGGCGGUGAUGGCGGUCAAGUCGCCCGCGUCACGAGGAAGGCCAGCUAAGACGCCAACCAAGCGGCAGCAAAAGAUGAAAGAAAAGGCUGCUGCUGCAGAGGCGAAGGCUGCUCCUGUGGAGCCGUUGGAUCCGAAGACUCAGGCGCGCGUGGACACAUAUAAGCUGAAGACCGAGGAGCUAACAAAGCAGUUCACGGAGUUGUUGAACUCGAAGCAGGACAGUGAUGCAGUCAUGCAGGAUAUUCUCGGUGCUGCGUUAGAUUGCGGCUUGGACGUCACUGUCGACCAGGACAAAGCAAGGCAAUCGUUAGCGGAGACGUGGCAAAAACUGCGUGACCACGCCAACUCCAGCAGUAAUGCUUCAGACGCAGUCGUGUUUGAAUUCCCCCAUGAAGUGAAGUGUUUAAUCGUCAAGGGCAUUCAAGGUCGGACAUCGAGUCUCUCUGUGGUGUCAGAUGAGCUUUUGGCUUCAUUCAAAAAGGAGAUCGAAGCGGAUGACGUAGAUAUGGAGGCGGACUCGUCUUCGCAGAACACUGGCAGCUCAGAUUCUGUAGCAAUUGAGAGGGCAGCAUCUCUUGCGAUGGAAAUGGAGAUUAAGAAACUGGCGGAACGCGUAUUAUACGGCGUGCGUCCCGCAAAGGCUAACAUAUUCGAAGACACAAGCGCAGACGCAUUGUGGGUCUGGGAGGUUGGCAACCCGGAGAAGUUUUUCGUGGACGACGCACAGAAGACUAUCAAACGCAUGCGUAAGAAUCGCAAGCGUCUUGGCCAGCAGUUAAGAUCUCUGGCGAAGGUUGUGCAACUUCUGCAUCAGAAGCCAGUAGAUGAAGCCAAGGUGAGCGCCGAGGAGGCGAAGGUUGGAAAAUUUGGGUUUGCUGUGGACGCUGAGGUUCAAAAGGUCAAGGACCGGGAAAUGAAGGAGCUGGAGAAGCUUCAAGCAGCGGAGGAGAAGAAACGACAUGAGCUGGAACGCAAACUGGCUAAAGAUGAAGAGAAGAAGAAGCGCGAACGUGAAGAAGAGGAGAAGAAGGCGGAGUCAUCCAAGCGGCAAAAACAGUUCGCGUCAUUCUUUGUCAAGCCCAGCUCGGGAUCAGAUUCUGCUGCAGCGAAUGGCGCUGGUACUAGCGCUUCCGCUAUUGAUGUGACUAGUGACCAGGAUGCAGAAAGCAUUAGCGGGCCAUAUGAAAGCAGAAGUGCGAAGAUUAAUCGCAUGGAUGCGGCCUUCAGUUUCUUGGGCUCUGGUGAGGACGCGGCAUCUGGAGCGACUAGCGGAUCUCCACAGUCAAUCUUCUCGUCGUUUAAGGACAGGCGGAGUACAACCAAUAACGAAGUAGUCCAGCGUUCUCCAGAAGGAUGGAGUGCUCAGCGUUUCCGUGACCCGACACUUGGCGCCAUGAAGCUGCUGCAGUUCUACGAGAACGUCCGACCAGCUUAUUAUGGCACCUACAGCACGCGAAGCCGCAUCUUCCGCGGCGGACGGAGGCCGCUAGCACAGUAUGCGAAGUUUGAAUACUCCGUGGACAGUGAUGAUGAAUGGGAAGAGGAGGAGCCCGGUGAGAGUUUGUCCGAUGCCGACGACGACGCUGACGAGUCAGAUGAGGACAAUCUGGACUAUGAAGACCAGUGGCUGGCUUAUGAGGAUGAGGUUGACUACAUGGACGACGCGCCGGCAGACGAUGAUGAGCCGAUGGAUCGCGGCGAGCGACCUUCAUCGCCAACGAAGCACAAACUGCCCUCGCAGCUUCAGAAGAAACGGGUGAAGGCUAAAGCUGUCAAGCCGGCGAAGCUGGAGCCUCAGAUCGUUGGUCCGUUCUGGUGUAAUCAGAGCAGCUCGGCCCCCUGUGCCGAAGAUCACUUUGCCGGACUUGCUGGCGAGCUGUUGUGCGAGCCUCAAUUCGAGUCGACCUUGAUGCGAAAGGCCCGCGAGUAUGAAGAGGAGCAGAUGCGACUGGAAGCGUUGCGACAAGAGCAGCAGCGCAAGAAGGAACAGCAGCAAGAAGAGGAGAAAAAGAAGGCCGAUGAGAAGAAGGCACAGGAGGCCAAGGAGAAGGCCGCAGCCGCACCCGCAGCCGCUUCAACUACGGAUCCAGCCAAGCCUGCUGUCACCGCAAAGACAGCGCAACCGACAGAGAAGACCAAGCCUCCGAAGGCGAAGUCGCAGAAGGCCACACCCCAAAAGGCGAAGACACCGACGAAGCAGUCACCUGUACCUGCGAGCACAACCCCGGCCAAGGCGACGCCGGCGGCCGUGGUGGCCGCGACUCCGUCCCCAGCGAAGUCGGUGAAACCCAUAGAUUCUUUUUUCAAGAAAGUGGAGGGUCCUGUGCCAGUUCCACCGCAGCAACCACCACAGCCGCAGCAGCCUCAGCAGCAGGACGAGCAGAAGAAGCCCAAGGACGGCAGCGUUGAGGUGAUUUCGGUGGAUUAG